AUGUCGAUGCGAGGCUUGAUAAGCGACAGUCAAAUGGCAAAACCAAAAACCAAUCAAAAGAGACAGACGCAGAAAGCAGAGAAGCAACAGAGGUAUAAGAAGGGUGACGAAUUAAACGUAUUCGAGUUAGUCCAGGAUGACGAUAAUAAGAGAAGAUCAAACCUCACAACAAAACUUGAUAAAGAUGAAGACUACGAUCAGCGUGGCGGUGAAGAUGACAGUGAUGAUGAGAGGAUGAGAAAUAUUAAGAUUGAUCAUCUCAAAGAGGGCAUAGUCAAUGAAAGCGACGACGAAGAAAUCGACUCUGACGACGCUUUCGAAGAAUCUGAUGAAGAGAAGUACGCAGACUGGACUUUCACAGGCUCAAAACAAUCUAAUAAGAAGAAGAAUACCAAAUUUGAUAAUGUCGACGAGGAAGAUGAGGAUGAAGAAGAAGGCAUGGUUGAUCUCGAUACAAUGUUAGAUGACGACCAACCUAUCGAUGAGCAGAUCACAAAGGACGACGUCGAUGACAGUGAUAUCGAGUACGAGGAAGACGACGAUCAGGGCGAUUCUACGAAACUUACAGAUUUAGUCAAUUCGUUGGACCCUUCUGCAAGGAAAUCCUACAAACCAGAUGCUUCUAUGGAUGACGAUGGCUUCGUUGCAGGUCAAAACUCCGAGUUCAGAGUUCCAGCAGAUGGUCCGGUGUCUUUAGACUCACUUCUCGCACCUCUUCCAACGGGUAUUGCAGCAACUAUUGAUCAGCAAGUCAAACCUCUAAAGCCAUCAGAAUCGAAGACUGCCAAACGUGGAGCACUUUCAGCACCUUUAGCUACUUUCUUUAAAGAACGUGCAGACAGAGAAGCUGGUCAAAAAGUUGUGAAAGACGACGUGAAACAAUGGGAUUCAACAAUGAGGGCACUCGAAAACUCAAACACAUUGUCAUUUCCACUACAAGGACCCGGUCAAGGCGGUCUUGAAGACGGUUCAAAAGCAGGUGGUGACUUGGUCGGUAGAUUUCAACCUUCAAAUCCACUCGAAUCAUCCGUAGAUGAACUCUUGAAGUCAAACAAUUUAACUAGAAAGGUAGCACCUUCGGAUUCACUACCUGAACAAGAUGAAUCAAAGUUAUCGAAAGAUCAAAUACGCGCAAAGUAUCAGGCAUUGCGUCAACAGAGGCAAUUGAUGUAUGAGUCUGAGAAGAAGGCCGCCAGAAUGAAUAAAAUUAAGAGCAAAACUUAUAGAAGACUAAAAAGAAAGGAAAGGGAAGCCAAUAAGCAAAAAGCUCUAGAGGCUGGUGUUAUUGACUCAGAUGAAGAAAGAAUGAAUGUUGAAAGACAACGCGCAUUAGAGAGAGCAACUCUCAGGCAUAAAGGCGGUAAUAGCAAAUGGGCAAGAGAGAUGAAAGAUCGUAGUGAAGGUGAUAGGGAUGUGCUCAAUGAGUUACAUAGAAUGGAAGAACUUGGUCAAAGGAUUAGAGGAGAGAAAGCUGACAACGAAGAUGACGAUGAUAGUGAUUAUAGUGUUGGUGACAAUGACGAUGAGGACGCUGUUAAACUUGCGGCCCUCAACAAAAUGAGAAGUCUACAACAGAAGGACGAAAGUACUGCAGACGAGAAAUUCAAAGGUAUUGCAGGAAUGAAAUUUAUGAGAGAUGCCUCUGCUCGUGAGAACAAGGCUAUGGAAGAUGAAGCCGAAGAAUUUGCUAAAGAGAUGCGUGGAGAAGGCGAUGAUGACAGUGAAAGAAUGACAGUCGGUGGUAAUCCUGGUAGAUUUGUCGUUGGCGCUGGUAAGAAAUCAAAACCAACCACUGAAGCUACAAAUGAUGAUGACGAUGAAGAGCCUGGAUCAGCUACUUCAUCACGUACCUUGGGUCGUGAGCUUGAGGAUACUCGUGCAGACAACAAGGCAAUCUCAUUUGACAAAUUCAAAGAACAAUAUGAGCGAGACAAUGACGAUGAUAAUGACGAUGAAAGCAAUCCUUGGUUAACGGCUGACAACGAAGGUGGUAUCAAGAGAGCCAAGAAAAAGAAUAUUGCUACAGUUUCUAAAGCCUCUAAGAAGGUGGAUAAAAGUCAAGCUGACUUCAAAAAGCGUAAGAGAGCCAAUCAAGGAGCUAACGAAGAGGAAGCUAUUGACCUUGAUCUUGAUGCGACAAUAAACAAAGCAUCUAAGAAUGCCGCAAAAAAGCAAAAAAGAAAAUCUGGACAAAAUGCACAAGAUGGAUUUGCAUCUGAGUCUGAUAGUGACGAAGAUAUAGUAGGCGGUGGUGUUCAAGCUUUCAAGCAACGUGAUUUGGUAGCUGAAGCGUUUGCAGCAGAUGAUGUUGUACAAAACUUUGCCGAAGAAAAAAAGCAAGAAAUAGAAGCCGAAGGACCACAAGAGGUUGAUACGUCUCUACCUGGAUGGGGUAACUGGUCGGGCAAGGGAGUAAAGAAAAAUAAAGCGGCAGAAGAGAAGAAGCGUGCCAAGUUCUUAAAGAAAACGGCGGGCGUGGAAGCUGAUAAGAGGAAGGAUGCCGACAAGGGACAUGUCAUUAUAAGCGAGAAGACAGAGAAGAGAUCACUCGACAAGUAUUCACUGAAGGACCUUCCGUAUCCAUUCACUAGCAGAUCACAAUUUGAGGCCGCUAUGUCUAACCCAAUCGGGCAAGAGUUCAAUACGACGUCCUCACACAAGCGACAGAUAGCUCCUAAGAUACAAACUAAAGCAGGACAAAUAAUAAAACCAAUUGUACGCAAAUAUUAGAUUUUAAUUUAUUUAUAUAUUAU